UUCUGUGACAACAUCCGCUCCUCCGCUGUUUCCUUACUACGGCUAGUAAAUUAAACGGCUUUUUAUUAUGAAGUUAAUAUUAAUACCUACUUAAAAAGACGAUAAACUCUGAACGUGUUGCCUUAAAAGCGAAAAUCAUGGCUAGGAUCGGCGACAUCAUUCAUCUUAACGUCGGGGGCAAAAGGUUCAGUACCUCCAGACAGACUCUGACAUGGGUUCCUGACUCGUUUUUCUCAAGUUUAUUAAGUGGACGGAUAUCAACACUUAAAGAUGAGACUGGAGCGAUCUUCAUUGACAGAGAUCCGUCUCUGUUUGCUCCUAUUCUCAACUUCCUGCGCACUAAAGAGCUUCACCCCAGGUCCAUAGAUGUGCACUUAUUAAUGCACGAGGCAGAGUUCUAUGGGAUCACGCCGCUGGUGCGAAAGCUGCAGUUGUGUGAUGAGUUGGAUCGCUCCUCCUGCGGGAACGUGUUGUUCAAUGGCUACUUGCCUCCGCCAGUGUAUCCGGUGAAGCGCAGAAACAGGCACAGUGUGGCGGGGCCCCAGUUCAUGGGGGGCCGUGCGGGGCCAGUGGAAAGGGCCCCUGUGAGGAGGAGUAACACAAUGCCGCCUAACCUGGGCAAAGCUGCCAUAGAGGAGAGGGUGACAGGUCCGAUCGCUGAUCCAGGCAUGGUCAGAAUCAUAUGCGGUCAUCAUAACUGGAUUGCUGUAGCUUAUGCCCAGUUUGUGGUCUGUUACAGGGUUAAAGAGUCGAGUGGAUGGCAGCAGGUGUUCACCAGCCCUCGGCUGGACUGGGUGAUUGACAGGGUGGCUCUUAAUGCCAAAGUCAUGGGCGGUUCUCUAGGGGACAACGAUAAGAUGGUUGCUGUUGCAUCGGGCACAGAAAUCAUACUGUGGGCAAUCUGUCCCGAUGGAAAUGGCAAUGAAAUUGGUGUGUUCAGUUUGAAUGUGCCGGUGGAGGCUUUGUUCUUCGUUGGAAAUCAGCUCAUCGCCACCAGCCACACGGGUAAAGUGGGAGUGUGGAACGCAGUCACUAAACACUGGCAGAACCAGGAUGUGGUUCCUAUCAACAGUUAUGACACAGCCGGAUCAUUCCUCAUUUUGGGAUGCAAUAAUGGAUCUAUUUACUAUAUAGAUGUCCAGAAGUUUCCGUUGCGGAUGAAGGAUAACGAUCUGUUGGUGACUGAGCUGUAUCGAGAUCCCAGUGAAGAUGCUAUUACUGCUCUAAGUGUCUACCUGACGCCCAAAACAAGUGACAGUGGGAACUGGAUCGAGAUCGCGUAUGGUACUAGUUCAGGCACGGUGCGUGUCAUAGUGCAGCAUCCAGAGACGGUGGGAUCCGGUCCACAGCUCUUCCAGACCUUCUCCGUUCACCGCAGUCCUGUUACCAAGAUCAUGCUGUCUGAGAAACAUCUCAUCUCUGUGUGUGCAGACAACAAUCACGUCCGCACCUGGACUGUGACGCGUUUCCGAGGCAUGAUCUCCACUCAGCCUGGCUCCACCCCCCUCACUUCAUUUAAGAUCCUCUCAUUGGACGAUAUUGAUGGCCAUGGAGGCUGUGCUGCUGGCACUGAAAUAGGUCCGUAUGGGGAGCGUGACGAGCAGCAGGUGUUUAUCCAGCGUGUGGUUCCCGACACUGAUAAACUCUACGUAAGGCUCUCCUCCAAUGGAAAGAGGGUGUGUGAGGUGCGUUCGGUGGACGGGACAUCCAUCACGGCGUUUGUGGUGCAUGAGUGUGAGGGAUCCAGCCGCAUUGGGUCCAGGCCCCGCCGGUACCUCUUCAGUGGACACAGCAACGGCAGCAUCCAGAUGUGGGACCUCACGACGGCGAUGGAGAUCGCAGGGAAAGUGGAUAUCAAAG